GUUUUAGAAUUUCAAAGAAAUCCUUGAGAGCCAGUGUCUCAAAGUUUUCGUUCAGAACAGUGCAUUUCCUGCUUCCCAACUUCACCAUACAAUCAUCAUAGUCUCUUCUGUAUUCAAUUAACUUUUCGUCAAGUCGAAGAGUGGAAUAUCGCUCGAAGGAGUCAUAAAUACCAAUAGCAAUUUCUUUAAAGCCGUGAUUUCGAUUAUCAAUAGCUGUUCGGAAGAUUUGAGAGACUUUUCGAAGAGGUAAUCUGAAACGUUUCCGACAUUUUUUUCAGAGUUUGCUAGUUAAUCUCACCUUUCAAUGGGCUCCAAUUUAUCUAAAACUUCGUUGAAAAUAUCUGACGGCAAAUCAUAGAUUGUUAAUGUUUUUGUGGUUCCACUGAAACAAAAUAUUAUCGAAAGUUUACAGAAAUUGGAAAAGCACACAAUAUUGUAGGUAUCAUCCAGUUUAGCUUGUUUAGUUGGCUAGUUGUUAAUCUGGAACAAAAAUGAAACACUGAGUGGAUAAGAAUAUUAACCCGAAAUGAAAGUCUAGUCAAAAUUUGAAAAGUGACGAUUCUUUCUAGUGCGAUAACAAUUCAAUGGGAGUUUGCUGAAGAAUACUGAUAAGAAAUGACGUGUUCGUAUAUCAAGAACUUACAAAUACUUGUUGACUUUUUAAAUUUCUGAACGAAUUUAUUCAGUUUUAAGUUCCGAAAGUUUAUUACGCAGCCAACAGAAAUAGAGGUCCGCGAAAACUACUUGCAGUGCCGUAGAAGCCUACCACAUAGGUUGAUUAAAAUAAAAUCUACUUUCGUGCGAAAAUUUGCUAUAUUUACAUGCUUUAUCAUCAUUCUCCCCUUGCAAUCAAAACUAUCGUUUGUGUUAUCACACCAUUGUAUGUGAAUCAUAAUUUUUCCAGAAAGAAACUAACUGCUUUAAACAUUCAGACUUGAACGAAAAUGGCCGAAUUGGAGCCGGAGGGAGCUAGCAUAAACAAAAUAAAACAGUCAUUGUUUGUUAAUCUUCCGGCAGAUGUUAUCAAUGAAAUUUUGAAAAAGUUGACGCCAAUCGAUAAACUGACUCUCCGAAAAGUUUGUACAUUCUUCCGUGACACCAUAGAUAGCAAAGCUUAUGGCUUCAAAAUCAUCGAGUUUCAUCUUCUUUUUGAUUGGGUCAUGUUAGUUCUAGACAAGGAAAUAUUCAAAUAUGCCAGCAGAGAACAACAUGGAUGCUGGGUUAGCAACGGACUAAAUGAGCAUCAUUUCCAAGAGGAAUACUUUUUGAAACUUGCCAUUGACGACUUGGCAGUAAUACUGAAAGAUCAAAGUCAGAAGCUGGAUUUGUUAGAAGUCUGCGUAUGCGAUCGUGCUACAAAACGUUCUCGGGAUUACUUUUUCCCUGCACUUCUUAAGAUGCUGGUUACAGUUGAUUACCGUAAAAUCGAAAAGUUCGACGGUGAUUUUCCAGAGAUUUGGGAUAUUUGGAAGAAAUAUCAAGACACUGUUUUGUCAUCAAAUAAAUAAGUUAAAACGUUCA